GUGAUCACCCCAAAUUACGAGAUGGACUGCAACGUGAGAGUGAAGUGGCACACAGGAGCGGAGACCUUUGCGUUCUACAGUCGCCAAAGGUACUGGUGUGGCAUGUUCGACUACAGCCCCGUGUGUAUGCCGGUGUUCAGCAUGGGCCUCACUCUACAGGACCUGCAUACCUUGGCCCUGGGGACGCGCUACAGCAUGAAGUUCUACGUGGAACGCUCUGACGAGGUUGGAUCUGUUUCCAUGUACCACGUGUCCAGCAUAAUCCGAGGUCACGGUCUGACCUUGUAUCGAGGCCACGUUAUACCGAGGUUACACUGGGAUAUUUUUUUCGCCGCCACCUUCAUAGUUCUUUUCAUAGCAGUUUUUGCUGUCUUCGCCAUAAGGCAAUAUUCAAAACGAAAAGUGCACGUGGCUAACAAGGAGACGUCGGACAGCGCCACAACAGACGUUGCCGUCGAGCUGACACAAAUUCUGCAGCAGACGGACUUAAGCAACGCUCCAGACGUUAUUAACAACGAAGUCCUCAUCGUGGAUGUUGCCAUGGGUUGUGCCUGGUCCCAGCCCAAUGAUAUGGCUGCAUGCUCUCAGCAGUUAAGUAGUUGUCAUGUCGUCGUCUUUGUACUUCUCCCAGAUCGCGAAGAGUCGCCCAUGCACUUCUUUGAAUAUUUUUCGGUGUUCCUGCUUCAGGGCGUGUUCCGACACUAG